ACUUCCCUUUAUGUGACUGAACUUUGAACAGUUUUUAUAAGAUUAACUGGUGUUAUGCAGCUUGUGUCACUGCUCUAUGGAAAUGAAAGCUUAUGAUGGGUUUAAUGUGUUUAUUCCUCUACUGCUGUCUUGCACCUCUGUGUUUACAGUACUGCAUGGACAGAAAGUUGUCACUGAUCCUAAGGUUACUGGGUACCAGGGUCAUGAUGUCACACUGUUAUGCCAAUAUAUCCAUGGAAGCACAGAAGACAAAAUACAACAAGUGCAGUGGACAUGGCAGAAUCAGUCCAGUAAAUAUCAAAUCAUGGUCUUUCACAUGGAUCUGGGCCUUUCUAUGCAUGAGACACCCUUGAAAGACAGAGUCAGCUUCAGUAGGAGCUCUCCUUCGAUCGAUGAGGUCUCCAUCAUCAUCAAAGAUGUGAAGAUAAGUGAUCAGGGAGUUUACAGCUGUGACUAUACAAUCUUCCCUAGCGGCAGUCAUACAGGACAAACCACUCUUAUAGUGUUAGAACACAGUCCUCCUGUUCUGUCCACCGCUGAGGCUGUAGGGAUUGUAACUGCUGUAGUGAUCAUCACUCUGGUUAUAACUGUUGUGGGUUAUUUAUUCCUGCGAAACAGAAGACAAACCGACAGCACUUACUACACAACUCAGAGCCCAAGUGACCUACAACAGGAUGUCACAUAUUCUGAUGUCACAAUACUGAAAGCAGGCAAGGCUAACAGAAGCACCUCAUCAUCAGGGGACAUUGAAUACGCUGCGGUUUCCUUCAGUGGUUGGUCAGAAUCAGCGUCACUGCGAGCCUCAGCCAAUCAGAUUGCUUUGGGUUUCCACACAGCAGAGCAGGAAACUGUGUACGCACAGGUGAAGAAAGACUGAUUUUUAGUACAAAUGUCACAGGUAACUACAGGUUUCUAUUAAUGAAUGAGGUGUUUGUACAGUAGAGAAUUGAACAGCUUGAGCAUUUAUAAGCAGCAGACAAUAAAACUCCAGCUUAUAAUAAGCAAAACAUUAUUGUCCGUUAGUAUGAACAAGAAUGAAUUUAUCGUUAUUGUUAUCAUUCUUAGUGCGAAUGGACUGCUAGCCGCCUUUCCUGGUCCCAUCCCCCUUUCUCUCUCCCACUGCGCUUCCUGUCAAAACUUACUGUCCUUUUAAAAUAAAAAAGCAAAAAUGCUUGAAAAGUGUGCUUGUUUUCUUUUUAGAGGUAGACUUGAGUCUGUAUGUGGUCUAUGCAAAAAGUCACAAAUUUUAGUACUUCUUAAAAUGAAAGAAAUUUGUUGAUUUUAAUACAUUUCAAUACAUACUCUUUGUAAAAAGUUAUUCUUAAGUGUCACUUCAUUUUCAUCUCUUUGUUGGCUUUGAUUUAGAUUUAGAAUAACAAAAUUGUCUGCAGAAAAACAAUCCAGUCUGUACAAAGCAUAAGGGUUGAUAAUUAAAAAAAAAAUGAAAGUAAAAUAAAAAAUGCAUGUUGUUGAAGACAAAUUAAUACAGAUUGUUUUUUAUUCCAAAGGAUUUUCUUUGUCUAUAGUUUUAACAUAACAUGUUCACCUGGUUGGAAAAGCUCUUCAAUCCCUAAAAAUUAUCUGUUGAUACAUUAAUUUAAAAUAUCCUCUGCACAUCAGUAUGUAAUGUAUUAUUAAUGUAAAUAAUCAUCAUUUUAUUUGCAAUACACAUUUGUAUAGAAACAUUUUAAAAAUAAUACUAAAAAAGAGGUUC